AUGAAGAACUUCCUCGUACCGCUGCUCUGCUUGACGGCGACGUCGUCCGCAUUAGCCGUUCCUCCUAAUAAUGCCACUUUUGAAGAAAAUGGAUUAGAGAAGAGAAACCUCAUACGUGCGGGGGGAAUGUUCGUGAAGUUUCUUCGGGGUACCAAGGCCGGCGAAAGGACCGAGGGUCGGUUGGACCAUCUGGGUUACGGAAAGGCCCGCCCUUAUGAGAUGGAGUCCGGGAAUUGUCUGAUGUACAUCUCUACCCAAGGUGGGGGAAAUUGCAACGUGAACACAACCCCUGGUGAGAGCACUGGGAAAGACAGAGAGCCUACAGAGCAUGAUGGAGACUGGAAUGUGUGCUGGUGGGAUGACGAGAAGAAGAUUUCCGGAAAACAAUACUUCACUGACCCUGGUAUUGGUAAGUAUAGCAUUGUCUUUACCGCCAAAGACAAGGACGAGGUCAAUGAGGAUAUUGAAGGAGCGGAAGGUUGUCAGGGCGAGGGCAUCUGCAAUCCUCAGAUUACCUUUUAUCGGGAUGAUCGUGAGAUCAUUCUGAACACUUGGGAAUCCAUGUCCGGGGAUGUGGAUAAGGAGUACGGUGAAGGACUGUGCUCCGGCGGUGUCAAGGAUCAAUUCAAGAAGGGUGGUAUGGUCUUUGGAUAUACGUGA